AUGGCCUCCCCCAUCCCCUCCUCCAUCAAAGGCCUCGUCUACACCGGCCUCAACACCACCGCUCUCCAAUCCCGCCCGGCCCCCACCCUCACCACCCCCACCGACGCCAUCGUCAAGGUAACCAAGACCACCAUCUGCGGCACCGACCUGCACAUCCGCAAAGGCGACGUCCCCUCCUGCCCCACCGGCCGCAUCCUCGGCCACGAAGGCGUCGGCGUCGUCCAAGCCACCGGCUCCUCCGUAACCCGCUUCAAGCCCGGCGACCACGUGCUCAUCUCGUGCAUCACCUCCUGCGCGACGUGCGACUUCUGCCGCCGCGGCAUGUACUCGCACUGCCGGACGGGGGGCUGGCAGCUCGGGCACGCGAUCGACGGCACGCAGGCGACGCACGUGCGGAUCCCGCACGCGGACGCGAGCCUGCACCCCGUGCCCGGCGGCGUCGACGAGGGCGCCCUCGUCAUGCUCAGCGACAUCUUCCCCACCGGCCUCGAGGUCGGCGUGCUGCGCGGCAAGGUGAAGCCCGGCUGCAGCGUCGCCAUCGUCGGCGCGGGGCCCGUCGGCCUCGCCGCCCUGUGCGCCGCGCAGAUGUACUCCCCGCACCGCACCAUCGUCGUCGACAUGGACGCGCACCGCCUCGAGGUCGCGCGGGGGAUGGGCGCCGAACACGUCAUCAGCAAUGCCGGGGGCGCGGACGCGGUGGUCAAGGAGGUGCUGGCGCUGACGGAGGGGCUGGGGUGCGACACGGUGAUCGAGGCGGUGGGGAUCCCGGCGACGUUCGAGCUGUGCCAGUUGCUGCUGGCGCCGGGGGGCACGCUGGCGAAUGUGGGGGUCCAUGGGACGAAGGUGGAUUUGCAGUUGCAGGAUUUGUGGGCGCGGAAUAUUGAAAUCACGGCGGCGCUCGUCGACACCGUCUCCACGCCCAUGUUGCUCAAGCUGUUCCAGGCCGGCAAGAUACAUCCCGAGAAGAUGAUCACGCACAGGUUCAAGUUCGAUGACAUAGAGAAGGCAUACGAUACAUUUUCUGCCGCGGGAACAACUGGGGCCUUGAAGGUGCUUAUUGAGAUGGACUAG